AUGGAAAUAUUUCUUAAACUACCAGCAGAAUUAUUGAAUCUAAUAAUCAAGUAUAUAAAUGAUGAAUCAAAACUUGAGGAGUUAAUACUCUUGAUACCAACUUUAAAAAAAUAUGCUUUACGAGCAAGAUUUUCAGAGUACAAACUUGGAAAUUCAAAUACUUCUGAUGGAUCAGUUGAAAGCUUACAUAAACUAUAUAAUGCAUACAAUUUCAAACCUUCAAGAAUAAUUCUAGAUGCAGAUAAAUUAAGUGUGUUAUUGGGGUUAAAAAAAUCUAUUACUGAGUCGCAAGAAACAUUGAAUUCUGAAGUUGAAAUUAUGAAACAUUAUGGUCAAGCAGAAUUUGAAAUUUUCCUUCAAGACGGAAUGUAUGUUGAUUUGAAUCUGAUAUUUAAAAAAGUCAAUGUCGUUGGUGUUCAUUUGUCAGAAUUUGAUCCCUUUUUGUCAGAACCUGAUUCAUUUACGGAGUUUGAUAUAAACGAAAUUAAGUCUUAUUUGGAAAUCAUUCAAAGUAGCAAAAUAGAGUUUAUGACAACAGUAUAUGGCGAUGAUUUUGCAUAUAAUUUUCCUACAUCUUUGAAAAAAUUGAGUAUAGUUAUAGUUUUGAAAGAUAAUAGGAUCAUGGAUAAGAUCAAUUUGAAAGAAUUACAAUGUCUUGAAUAUUUCGAUUGUUGGUACUUAAGUGGUAUAAAAUCCUUGGAUGAUCUUCAAUUGACUAAAACAAUUCGAUCCAUCAGACUUUUUAAAUCUCAUUUCAAAAAUUGGGGAAGCAUAAAAGAUUAUGAUAACUUGAGGUCCCUUGAAAUCUAUGAAUUUGAUUAUUUAUUUGAUAUUUUCAAGUGCACUUUCCCUGAAUCAUUGGAAAAGUUGAUAUUACGUCCUGAAUUUAAUCAAUCUGAUAUUGCUGAAUUAUACAGAGAUGUAAAAGAAGGGAUAAACAAUCAUUUUGAAAUAUCAGACUUCUCAGGUGACGGGAAGUAUUUACAAAUUGGGUCCAACUUUAAACUUCCGUCAAACCCAAAAGUAUUAAACAUACGUACGGAUGCCAAUUGUUUAGAGCUUGGAUACAAUCCAAACUUAGCGGCACUCAAUAAUUUGGAACUAAUUGGCAUCAAAUUCAAAUUAAACGAGUUCCUUCUUUCUUUACCGAUAUUUAUGAGGAAACUCACAAUUAUUGAUUGUGAAGUUACAGAUGUUGGAGGGGACUUAAGAUUUCCUAAGGUAAGAGAAUGUUGUUUUACAUUCAAUCAAGUAUCCAAUAUUUUUCAAAUAGAUUUGAAAGGCAUGGUGAAUUUAUAUCAGUUGGAGAUCAUGAACAAUUUUUUGGUUCUACCUUCCACGGAAAAACGAAUCAUUGACCCAUGUCAGUUUCUCAGUGGUGAAUUUGAUGUUCUUGAUGAAACUAGCAAAUUUUUUAAAAAGAGAAAAAUAAGUAAAGUAUCUGAAACAUUGAAAAUUGAACUAUCUGAUAUCAAAUAUUUGAAAUUGAGUAAAUUCAGAUCCGAUUCCUCGGAAAUUUCAGACUUGAACAACUCAAAUGAUUUUCUUCACCUUCCUUCACAGAUUUGUAUUAUAGGUUGUACAAGUUUACAAGUUUUGCAAUUAUCUGGAUUGGGAAUUCAGAUUUUGGAUUUACACAAGUUUCCACUUUCUUUGAGAGAUAUACGGAUAGAAGAUUUAAAACUAAUUGAGAUAAAAGGUGAUUUCAGCUUGCUAAAUCAAUUAGAAAAGUUAUGGUUGGUUAACAAUGGAAUCACUUAUUCAAUGUUGGUCCAACAAAAAUUUCCAUCAACUUUGAUAAGUUUAAAUUUAUCUUCUAAUCCGAUAGAAGAUUUGACUUGCUUACAAAUCGAUAAUUGUAAAGAAUUACAUCAUUUGAAAUUAAAUCGAGUUACUGGACUGCUUAAUCCAAACGGUGCUAAUGAAUUGAAGAAAACAUUUGUUGAAUUAAUUGGAAAAGCCGCUGAUACUAUUGGAUCUGUAACAACGUAUGAUUCAAAAGUGAAGAAAACAUUUCUUGAAUUAAUUGGAAAAGCCGCUGAUACUAUUGGAUCUGUAACAACGUAUGAUUCAAAAGUUGUAUUUCUGAUCGUUGAGGGGGUUGAUAAAGCUUAA